CAUAGUCAGAAAGACACAAAGAUAGAGGCACAUUUCUUAUUCCAUAUGCUAGAACAAAUUUGCACAAGAGCUCCUUCUUCCCUAGUGCCAUUAGAGAAUGGAAUUUAUGUGAUAGAUUAAGGCUUCAGAACCAAAAUCCAAGCUACCUGUCUCAAUAGUAAGAUUAUUCUUUGUUCAAAACAGAUGGCAGAAUAGGGCAAAAUGACCAAACCUAGUUUUAAUCUGGAUUAGAUCUAUUAACCUGUUAACAAUAAAAAUUAUUAUCUCUCUCUCGAUCGCCAGAUAAGCUUCAAGUUGAGGCCCUCACCACUAUUUAUUAAACACUGGCUGGCAGGAAAAAAAUAUUUGAAAAGCAUAUUUUAACAAAGUAUUUUUAAAAUACUAUCAAAGAAAGAGCCAGAUAGUUCUAGGUCAAUCCAGAUGAAAUAUUUUAUUAUUGUCUGUGAGUUGCUUUAUUAUUGUGAGUUAAAAUUCAUUUUGAAUUUAUAUUAUUUUCUGUGGAUUGAACAAAUUUACAUUGUAUUUCAAUUAACUUUAUGCUGUGUCGUUUUAAUAGUUUAAAAAAUUCAGGGUCAAAAAGUGUGUGCAUUAAAUUGAAUUGCCAAUUCCUCAGUAACAAAAUUUGUAUAAACGCAGACGUCCACCCAUGAUCCACCCAACUGAUUGAAUCUAAUUACCUAAAACGAAGAAAAUGACAGCACAUCUAGCGUCAUUGAUCGGCCUGGGCUGUAUAGUAGUGGUUCUAGCAUCCCAAGUGACGUCACAGAGUUGCAGUGCAUUCACAUGGAAAUCCACCCUAGGAGAGAACCCUUUAGCUACGCAUCGUGGUAAGGUGGUACUAGUCGCCCUGAUGGCGGCUCAUUCCUCCUAUUGCAUUACCCAGGCAUCGAGACUUGAUGCUUUGAAGAGCCGACUUGCCAGUGAGGGUUAUCCGGACAUUGCUAUGGUCAUCGUGAACGGAGGGGAGUCUAUAUCCAGGAACAGCAUAGCCAACCUGCAGAAUGCUAGUAGCAUUGCCGUCAUCCAAGACAACGAGCAGCAUACUAUGUACCAGGAGAUCUUCAGGCGAAACAAGGAUGACUUCAUUGUGUAUGACAGAUGCGGACAGAGGUCUGUGGUCAUUCCUCACCCUUACAGUUUUCUUGGUUAUGUGACUACAGAGCGCGCGCUGAAAACUGUUCACUCUGGUAGACUCUUGUGCCACUGCCAACUGGAUACUAUUGCAGAAAAUGGCGAACAGAUGCAGUCAGACGAACCACUUGGGCCAAGAGAUACUACCCAAACUAGCACAUAUGCGGUCCCAGCUGAAAUUACACACAAAAAAAUAGCUAUACAGGCACCACUACCUGCACUGACCACUGGUCAAGACAAAAGAGAGCUAGCUAUAACUGGUCAGCGCAAACAUAUCGGAGAGCAUGACGUCACUGUGCUAUUAUAUGAUAUUACGUCAUUGUUUGUUGUUUAUGUUUUGUGCGAAAGCAAAGAAUCGGACGGAAAUAAAAGUUAGUUAUAUAUGUCUACCUUGAUAAAGACAGUCUCGUUAUUAUCAUUAUUAAUUAGUAACGUCUACAGUAAUUUAUUAUUAAUC